AUGAGGGUCGUCGAGCUUGUUCUCGACGGGUACAAGUCUUGGGACGACUCAUUCAACGCCAUCACUGGCCUCAAUGGCUCCGGAAAAUCUAACAUUCUCGAUGCGAUAUGUUUUGUGCUUGGCAUCCAGAACAUGGGUGUAGUACGGGCUCAGAACUUGCAAGAUCUCAUCUACAAGCGCGGCCAGGCUGGUGUCACCAAAGCAAGUGUCACAAUAGUUUUCGACAACAGCGACAAGAGCAAGAGUCCAAUCGGCUUCGAAGAAUACCAGCAAAUAAGCGUCACGAGACAGAUAGUUAUGGGAGGUACAAGCAAGUACCUGAUCAAUGGACAUCGAGCGCAGCAAGCCACAGUGCAAAACCUGUUUCAAAGUGUUGGUUUGAACAUCAACAAUCCCAACUUUAUCAUCAUGCAAGGCCGCGUUACUAAGGUCUUGAACAUGAAGCCCGCCGAGAUCUUGGCCAUGAUUGAGGAAGCUGCUGGGACACGAAUGUUCGAGGAUCGGAAAGAGAAGGCGCACAAGACCAUGACUAAAAAAGAGACCAAAGUACAAGAAAUUGAAUCCUUACUCCGCGAGGAGAUCGAGCCAAAACUAGAAAAGUUGAGAGGAGAGAAGAGGGCAUGGUUAGAUUACCAGAAAACCCAGGGCGAUGUCGAAAGGUUGACCAGGAUCGUUGUUGCUGCCGAUUACGUUCGAGCUGGCGAAAGAAUGAAGUCCACCAACACUGAGCACGAAACGAAGCGAGCUAGAGUCGACCAUCUACACAAUAACGAGAAGAAGUUGAAGAGGGAGAUUGACCACAUAGACAACGACCUUCAACGUGUUAGAGGAACAAGGGACAAGGAAAUACGCAAGGGUGGUCGUUUCCAGGCUCUAGAGGAGAAGGUCAAGCAGUACAGCCAUGAGCUCGUGAGGCUGUCUACACUUCUAGAUCUUAGAAAAAGUAGUGUGCUCGAAGAGGAGCAAAGAAAGAAGGACGUGCUGAAAACUGUAAAGGGUUUGCAGAAAACUGCCGCGGAUCGACAAGAUCAAUACGACAGAUUGCAAGAGAAGUUUACUGUCGCCAAAGCAGACCUAGAUGCUCAAAAUGCCGAAGUCGAGAAGAAGGAGGAGCUGUUGUCGACGCUACAGACUGGUGUCGCAUCUAAGGAAGGCCAAGAGAGUGGUUAUCAAGGACAACUAUCUGAGGCGAGAAGUAGAGCCAAUAAUACUUCUACUGAAAUCGAACAAUCAAAAAUGAAAAUUGCUCAUCUCGAGAAGCGAAUCAAGGAAGAAGAGCCACGUGCUGAGAAAGCGAAGAAAGAAAAUUCUGGCCUUCUCAAUGGUCUUGAAUCAUUGAAGAAAGGGGCUCGACAACUCGAACAAGAAUUAACUCGGCUAGGCUUCGAGCCUGGUAAAGAAGAGGCCAUGCGUGAGAGGGAAGCUGCUCUACGAACGAGUGUCCGACGACUUCGAGAGCAAGCUGAUUCACUGAGGAAGAAGGUAUCGAACGUCGACUUCAAUUAUCAAGAUCCCUCGCCAAAUUUCGACCGCUCAAAGGUAAAAGGUUUGGUGGCACAGCUGUUUACUUUGAACAAGGACAAGAGUGUAGCUGGUACAGCUCUAGAGAUAUGUGCUGGUGGCAGGUUAUAUAACGUGGUUGUCGACACUGCCCAAACCGGCACACAAUUGUUGCAAAAUGGCAAGCUGAAGAAAAGGGUCACCAUCAUUCCCCUAAACAAGAUUUCGUCCUCUCGAGCAUCAGCAGAAAAAAUCGGCGCAGCACAGAAAGUAGCACCUGGCAAGGUUGAUCUAGCGCUAUCGCUUAUUGGCUAUGAUCAUGAGGUCUCAGCGGCUAUGGACUAUGUUUUCGGCACAACUCUGAUCUGUCAUAAUGCUGAAACUGCUAAGAAAGUUACCUUCGAUGCUGCUGUACGGCUGAAGAGUGUUACCUUGGAAGGUGAUGUCUACGAUCCUUCAGGUACACUCUCUGGUGGCAGCUCACCAAACUCCAGUGGCAUGUUGGUUGUCUUACAACAAUUGAACGAGAUAACACAGAAUCUAAAGUUGCAGGAGCAGGAAUUAUCGGAGUUGCAAGCUGCUAUGGAAGCUGAGGCAGAGAGGAUGAAGUCGAUCAAGACUCGAAAGCAGGAGCUUGAUCUCAAGUUGCACGAGAUCAAGCUUACAGAAGACCAGAUUAAUGGCAACGCAGCCUCGUCGAUUAUCCUUGCCAUUGAAGACAUGAGGCGACAGAUCAUUGAGCUCAAAGAAGUGCUAAAUACAGCCAAAGCCGCGCAGGCAGUCGCUGAAAAGGAUGUGAAGAGGAUCGAAAAGGAUAUGGCAGAUUUUAGCAACAACAAGGAUGGGAAAUUACAGGAACUGGAGACCUCCUUGUCACGUCUCAAGAAGACCCUGACCGAGACCUCAGCAUCUGUGAAGACUUUGCAAAAGGAGUUGCAGGACGCACGGCUUGAAUCUGAACAAGCUACGUUGGACAUUUCUGGCGCAGAAGAGCAACUCGGUGAGAUCGACUCUAAUAUCCAAGCAGCAAACGCGGAGCUGGAAAGUUCUCAGCAGGAGCAAGCUGAAGUGCAGGGACAACAUGACAUUGCUGCGGCCGAGUUGGCAGACGAACAGGCCAAACUCUCUUCUUUUGACGACGAAGUCAAAGAACUUGAACAGACCAAAUCGAAAAAAAGCAAGCAAAUAACCGAAGAGUCUCUCGAAGCACAAAAACUUGCUCAUGCUGUCGAGAAGCUGGCCAAAGAUGCUCAAGCCGCACAACAAACCGUGUCGCUGCUUGAGAAAGAUCACGACUGGAUUGCCGACAAUCGUGAUCAAUUUGGACGAGCCGGAACCCCAUACGACUUUACAUCUCGUAACCUCAACGAAGCUCGCAGCACCCUCAAGAACCUCUCUGAACAAUUCGCAGGCAUGAAGAAAAAGAUUAAUCCAAAGGUAAUGCCCAUGAUUGAUAGUGUCGAGAAGAAAGAGACUGCUCUCAAAAACAUGCUACGUACAGUCAUCAAGGACAAACGCAAGAUCGAAGAGACAAUCGUCUCCCUGGACGAGUACAAAAAGGAGGCAUUGCUGAAGACGUGGCGGAAGGUCACCGAAGAUUUUGGCAACAUCUUCUCCGACCUCCUGCCUGGGAACAAUACUGCCAAACUUGUGCCGCUCGACGAUGAUGUCAGCCACAUUCAGGAAGGUCUCGAAGUCAAAGUCUGUCUGGGCAAGGUUUGGAAAUCCUCCCUCAAUGAGCUCUCGGGUGGUCAACGUUCCCUGAUUGCACUGUCGCUCAUUAUGGCAUUGUUGCAGUUCAAACCAGCGCCAAUGUACAUCUUGGACGAAGUAGAUGCUGCACUGGACUUGAGCCAUACACAGAAUAUUGGUCGAUUGAUCAAGACAAGAUUCAAGGGCAGUCAAUUCAUAGUUGUGAGUCUCAAGGAUGGCAUGUUUCAGAACGCAAACCGAGUUUUCAGAAUUCGGUUCUCUGAAGGAACAAGUGUGGUCAGUAUCAUGCAGUAA